GCUCCAGUCUGCCAAAGCCUGCCAAAUGGGCAGUUCAGCUCGCCUUAUGCAGGCGCUGAUGAGCAAUUGUUUGCAACAUGGUCUUCCAAGUGGCUUAUGGGUUACCCAUCGUGGGAUGCAUGUUCUUCUAUGGCGUGCAGUUCGUGCCGGCGAAGCUGCGCAGCACCUACAACGGCGCGGUUUUUCAGUGGUUCAUGGCCUCCGGCGGCCUUUUCACUGGCCUCGUGGUGGGGGUUGCGUUGGUAGAUGACGUCCCCGGUGGCACGGCCGCUGGUCUCAUCGGUGGCGCUUUGGUGGCUUUGUCCAACACCAUCAUUCUGCACCUCAAGAGGACGCUGGGGCUUUUUACAGGUGUCGUGCUUUACCAGGCUGCGAACUUGGCCACAGGCUACUGCGUGGGCCGAUUCGGCUUCCUGGGUGUCUCGCCCGACGCAGGUCGCCUUCCUUAUUUGAGGGAUGCAGGUGCAGUCCUGCUGCUGGUCUCUUUGCGCCUGGCGUCAAUUUCCUCGCAGCCAGCACACCGGGUGCGGGCCAUGUCGGUGCUGUCGGAUCCAUUGCUGGAAGUUACCGAGGAGGAGUGGGCCCUUCUCGGUGGCAUGCAAAAGCAGGACUUCCAUGGGUGCGACCCCGAGACCAUCUCGCUGGUCAUGUCAGAAUCCGAAAAUGCUGAUGACCUCCUUUUGCAUAUGCACGAGAUCAGGUCCAGCGCUGGACAGCCAGGCAUACAGAGGGCCAUCAGUGACCGCCUCCAGCGGAGGCGCUCUGGAGUCUCGGGAGCUUCUCAGAUGUCCAUCACCCUGGAGGGCUUAGACGAGGAGGUGCAGAGCCCGGCCCGGCGCAGGAGUUGGCCAGAGGUGAAGUUGGACGAUCGAGGCCUCGCCUCGGAGGUGACAGCGCCGCUCUCUCCCCAGCUUCCGGCGCAAGGCCACAUCUCAAGAGCCAACACUCCAGGGAGCCGUGGAGGCUUCUAUGAUGUGCCUGAGCACUCUCCAGUUGAUCUCGCUGGACCCUUGGAUAGCCCUUUCGAGCUCGCCAGCAAUGUCUCCGCGCAGCAGCCCAAAGCUGGAUCCAUGGCAGUUGGCUGGAUCCUGGCAUUGCUGGCGGGGGUUUGUCGCGGCAUGAAUCCAGUGCCAUUCGCCAUGUGGCACCGGCAGCACCCCAGCACCAAGUUGGCGUGCUUCGUCUUCCCAAUGGCAUUGGGGGUCUGGGCCUCCUCCACGGUAAUUUACUUGGGCUACACCUCCUGCAAGAAGGUCUUGCACCUGCGCUCGCCCUCGAAGCCAAACAUUCGGCCGGCCUUCCUCUCUGGUUGUCUGUGGGCCUUGGGCUUCGCUUGCUUUGCGCAGUCGCUGGAUGACAUCGGCUACACGGCCACUUGGGUGCUAAGCACCAUUGGCCCUGUCUUGGUGUCACAGCUGGUCUCUGUCUUCUACUUCAAAGAGAUUCAGGAGAGAUCGCAGCUGAGGUGGUUCGCGUCAGCCUGCACGGCCCAGUUCGCGGGCAUGGCCUGCAUCAUUCUAGGCACCUGAGCAUUCCAAGCCCCGGCAUAAAUGAUGGCCUGCCUGAAACGAAGCAUCUCCGCCAUGUUAGGUAUUUGUGUGAUCAACCCGAUGCAAAGGCUGCGGUCACAGCGGUGACGC